AUGUUAUCUUGCGAAUGGAGUAUUCAUAAACAUGCUAUUAUAGAGGUACUGCUGAAAAAUAAUGAAUUAGGUUGUGAUCCCAAUCCCAUUUGCCUGAGAGCAGCCUCUUUUGAAUUCAGUAGCAUCUAUUUCUGUGUUGAAAUGUUUAGGAUUCUGCGGUUAGGCCUGUUCUUCCAAGAAUUCUGAUAUAACAAACAUAUUUAACUGUGACUGCAGUACUUGAUGAACCUGCGACUUAAUAUAUUUGGUUAAGAGUAUCUCUGUACAUACCCGUAUUUAUAAAUAUUAAUUGUUCAAAUGACUUAUGAUUGUCCACUACUGCUGAGGCUAACCCCCAUUAAUGUUUCUGGUGGUCCGUUAAUAAUUGCCAUGAAAAAUGUGUUAUUAAAAAUGAGUCAUUGAUGUGAAUUGUAUAUUAGUUCACUUGUUUUGAAAAAAAGAUUACCGUAAUUGUUAAAAUGUGUGACUGAAUUGUAAAAUAUAUUAACAUUGACAAUAUACACAAUCUCCCCCCCCUCCUGGUGGUGACUAGACAUUCUGUUGUUGCGCCCAUAGUCUAGGUUUAAGGAGCCAUUUAGUGAAUAGCUUACAUAUCUGAGUUUCUAACACGGUAUUGAGUACCUCUGGUGAAGACUUGCUUGUCAUUGCUGAAACUUUUGGAAUAUUGCUCUGGUCCCAGCUUUUUAUGCAGCUAUAGAUAAAGCAUGGCUCCAAAUACCUCUCCAGCCCCAGUAGACAUACUUCUCAUUCAUUCUUGACACCAAGUGAUUAAACUGUUUUAUUCUGGGCUAAACAUUAAUAGUUUUGUGUUCUGUCUUUUCAUGCCUGAAUAUGAGCAGAAAGAUAUCUGUUUCUACAGACCAGAAAGAGGAGCUGUUGGUUGGUUGGUCAUAUACACAAAGUAGACAUAUGAAAUAUUAGGGUUAUUCUUCCUUCACAGAGCUCUUUUAAGUGCUAAAGAACUUGCAGAAAGAGAAUAAUUCCAGUAUGUAUUGAUUUAUAAAUCUUGUUGCACAGAGUCAGUGCUGUGCAUAAUAGAAUUGUAUCCAAUUUUAGUCAUGCUCACUACUAAAAUUAAUGGAUGUGACUAAUAUAGAGAUCUUAAUUUCAGUGUGUCUACUCAGGGUAGAACUUAGCUGGAUACAACCCAUAGUUUUUAAAGUGCUCAGUAAAUUCUAAGUGUAAUACACAUGACUUCAAAAUAAUACACGUGACUUUUCGAUUAUUACUUACUAUUUUUAAACGGCAAAAUAUUAUUCAACGUGAGGAUUCCUUGCCUUCCUAACGGUUGUGAUUAUACUCGCUGAAUAACACUUGAACAGCAUUAUGUUAUCACAGCCACCUAAGUUCUAUGAGUCUCUCACAUUCUAGGGUGAUGCAGCUUCUCAACAUCAACCGGCCAAUUGGGUUUUACAGAAGACAUGUAACUUGGAACAUAAAGAUUUUUCUUGGGUUAAACGACAAAAUGCUAUUGUACCUAUCCUUUCUGAGCCAGGUAUGUCAAAAUAAUUAGGUUACUGGGGAGUCUAAGAGGAUAGUAGUUAGAAAAAUAGCCUAUUAUAGCAGCCAUUAAAAAAAUACGGAAAAUUAGAUAUUGCCUUAAAUUUUCACAAAAUCAGAUCAUACAGUUUUUCAAACAUAUCUGCAUUACAGUACUACAUCUGACAUUACCUUUUUCCUAGACAGAAAUGAAGCAAAUUGGAAUUCUGUUUCUUUUGUAUUUUCUACUUGGGCUUUUUAUCUUUUGCAGCCUGGUAUACAUAAUUUCAGGGACGCGGGUGGCACUGUGGGUAAAACCUCAGCGCCUAGGAUUUGCCGCUCGCAUGGUCGGUGGCUUGAAUCCCCGCAGCGGGGUGAGCUCCCGUCGUUCGGUCCCAGCUCCUGCCCACCUAGCAGUUCGAAAGCACCCUUAAGUGCAAGUAGAUAAAUAGGUACCGCUUUAUAGCGGGAAGGUAAACGGCGUUUCCGUGUGCUGCUCUGCUGCCGGUUCGCCAGAGCAGCUUCGUCACACUGGCCACGUGACCUGGAAGUGUCUGCGGACAGCGCUGGCUCCCGGCUUCUAGAGUGAGAUGAGCGCACAACCCUAGAGUCUGUCAAGACUGGCCCGUACGGGCAGGGGUACCUUUACCUUUUACCUUUAUACCUAAUUUACAUAGGAAGCCGCCUUAUACCAGGUCAGACAGUUGAUCCAUCUUGUGAAGUAUUGUCUACUCUGACUGGCAGUGGCCUCUCAGUUCCAUCCAAAUGAGAUCACAAAGCCACCUUACACUUCGUAUGGUGCAAUAUCCACAUAUGGACUGGACAGUAAAAUGCCAACUGAUUGGUGAGCUUGAAUGGCCAUUAACCAAUAUUUUAAGCUAGUUUGUCUUGCAUAUUUUGAACUUGUGGAGGCAUCUUAAGUUAUCUGAGCUGCUGUCACCACCACUGCCUUGCCCAGCAACAACUACUAUCUUUUAGUGGGUGAGCGUGAGGAGAUUCUCAUGUGCAGUGACAUAUCUAGUGGCUGUGUACAAAAAUCUAUUAAGUGGAAUGAAUGUAUAUGGAAGUUUGUUCUAGCAAAAGUGCUGUUCCCUCAACAGAUGUGGAAUUUUCUUGUGGGGAAAACAGUAGGCUUUCUCAUCUUAACAGAAAUAGCUUUGAGUUGUACAUGUCUACAGUGUACAGAGUCAGAGGCUGGCUUUGGUAAUAUGGUGCCCUAAGCAAGGGUUAAACCACAGAGCCUAGGACUUUCUGAUCAGAAGUUCGGCGGUCCGAAUCCCCGUGAUGGGGUGAGCUCCCGUUGCUCGGUCCCUGCUCCUGCCAACCUAGCAGUUCGAAAGCACGUCAAAGUGCAAGUAGAUAAAUAGAUACCGCUCCGGCGGGAAGUUAAAUGGCGUUUCCGUGCGCUGCUCUGGUUCGCCAGAAGCGACUUUGUCAUGAUGGCCACAGGACCCGGAAGCUGUACGCCGGCUCCCUUGGCCAAUAAAGCGAAAUGAGCACCGCAACCCCAGAGUCUGUCACAACUGGACCUAAUGGUCAGGGGUCCCUUUACCUUUAAGCAAUGUGAUGCCCCCCUUAAGUUUGAGUAGGUACUUGUGUAAAUAUAAGUGGUUGUUGUUGUUGUUGUUAUUGUUAUUGUUGUUAUGCACCCCUUCGGCUCGGCACCUUUUUGGGGGGAACUGUCUAAACUUCCCUAAAUCCGAUGCUGAGAAUGGUAAUUGCCUAAUACUGUUAGAGUGUUACAAAGGUAUUACAUUAUUUUUGAUUGAAUAAAGUACUGUUAAAACAAUACUUUAAAACUCUUUAUUAAAAAGCAUUUCACAAAUUAUUUAUUCUAAAAGAGAAAAUGGUUCAUAUGGGUUCUCCCCCAGUUCUUUCCUCUCCGUCCCGCUGUUGGAAGGCUAAAUGCUUUGCAUGAAUCAGUUCUUUGGUUCAGUAUCAGUUUUUAGCUUUUGGGUAGUAGAGCUGGGGAAAACUGUUGGUCAGAGCGGACAAGGCUAGGCAAGAUGGACCAAUAUUCGGACUUGGUAUAUGACAGCUUCUUUUGUUCAUAUAACAUAGUUUAUCCUUUAGGGAAAAUGUCGGGUACCAGACUUAAAACCCCCCAUCUCUACCUGUUUUUAAGCAAGUUAAAGAGUGACUGAACUAAGUAAAGGUUUCAGGAGCUCUGAAAAUACAUUCUAGGGUUGUCAAACAGCAGAAUAUGGCAAGUAAAAAGUUAGGAUAACAGAAUACAAUAUUAGUAACUAUUUCUAUUUCAUUUUUUAAAAAUGCAUUUGGAUAUGGCUAUUGUUUGAGAUUAUGUUUUAGAGCAGAACUGUUCCCAUACGGUAAUGUUAGUUUAGUGCAUGGACACUAGGUUGUCUUGUCUUUAUUAUGCAGCCUCAGUUUAUUUGUAUCUUAAAAGUUUCUGACAAUCUUCAGGACUGUAUUGCAGAAGAGGCGCUGUGAUGAGCAGAAAAGUACAUAUAAUUAGGAAUACAAGUUAAUGCAAUCAGAGUAAUUUGAGUCAAACUGAAUGUACAGCUUUAAUACACGAGAAGGAUUAGGGAAUUUUAUAAUAGGGAAGCAAUCCAAACUCAUGGUAAUAGGCUGUUAUCAGGCCCCUAGGAAGAUAAAACCUUGUCAUUUCUAAUGUUUUGUUUUAUAAAUUGACUUAUAUGAAAUAAGCUGCACAACUUCAAUGAAGUCUGAUUCCUAUGGUGUAUUCAAAUUAAGUCAACAAGGCUCUGUCUUUCUUUGAAUGUGCAUAUUAAUGUCAAAGUGCAAGUAUAAUUGGUCAGUCUAAAGAUAAAAGUAUCCCAGCCUGUUAAGGAACUAUUUUAAUUAAUUUUUUUACUUUUCUGUUAUAAAUCUCCCUCAAAGGAAGUAUUUUAUAUCAAGCAGACAACAAUUCUUAAAUGUUAGGCAAUAGUGAUACAGAGAACUUGAUAUGUGGCUGAAAAAUUUAAAAGUACAUGGAUAUGAACUAUUUCUUAGUGAGAUACAUUUACCGAGAAUGUUUACAACUAUCUCUAGAGCUGGCAGUAAUAGACAUUAUGUUUUGGGUCUGUGAUGUCUCCAGAAUCUGAGGACUUACCUUUUGUGUUCUUGGCUGGGGAUUGGGCAAGUAACCAUCGGUAAUGACAGACUUUAAAUUUGUUUCAUGAUUAGUGGGGCUAAGUGUGAAGGGUACACUGUUAGGCAAAGAAGUAUUGCCUCUCAUGCCAGUUUGAUGAAUAAGGCAUUUAAAAGUGUUGGAGUGUGUGUGUGUGAGUAAAAUUGACUUUCCUUCUAACAUUUAAAAACUGAAGCAGUGACAAUGCUUAAUAUAAUCAGCAUUAGGUUGAAGAAUUUUAUCAUGUCUGCUUUUGAAACCAAGUUUAUGUUAAACAUUUCAUACCCCAUCUUCAGUUUGAAAACUUCUGGGGCUGCUUACAAUAUAGAAUUUAAAGUCUUUUAAAUCUGUUUUAAUGCAGAAGCAAUUGCUGCUAUGUUUUGUAGCAUUUUAAAUUGUAUUUAUACUUACUUUGUUUUAAGUACUAUUUAAAAUGCUACAAAACAUAGCAGCAACCACUUCUGCAUUAAGACAGAUUUAACAAACUUUAAGAGAACUCUGGGGUUUGACUGAGAUUGCCUUGUAGAAUUCUACAUAGCACAUAUAAUGUUUAAAAUUCGUAAUCUUAAUUUUGUAAAAUAUAAUGUUGAAAUUGUAUUCAUAAUGCAGAAAUGCAAAAGCCUUGCAUAUAACAAACCUAAAAAUUAAACUCUGGCUACCCUUACUUUACCCAAAGCAUUAGCUGACAAACUGUGUGAUUUGUAUGAUGUACGAAUGCAUUUGUGUUCUUGGGCGUUAUUUCUGUCAAGCGUUAUUUGUCCCUUUGUUCUGUUCAUCUAGACUCAUGAACAUUGUUCAUAAGUGUAGCCAGAUCCACUUCUUUGUUACCUGAUAUAAAGCUAAGAUAUUCUUCUAAUAUCUUAGAUUGAAAAGUGUGAGACUUUUGGAAUGGAGGAAAACUGCCGUUUCCAUAGCUGGGAAUGGCUAUGGGUAGUGUCCAUCUCUAUUCAAGUUUAUAUUUUCCACAGUGAGAAACAACAAAUGGUUACACUGACACUGGCAACCUGAUGAAAAUGCUGAUUCCAAAAUAGCUAUCAUUGAAUUCUAUUUUAGUGAACAGCUUGUUCUUUUAUAAAUAGGAUUUUGAUCUUACAAUUGCCCUUUUUUCUGUUGUAGGUUAUAUAAGAUUCUCCCCUACCUUGUGGAGGACUCUGGAGUUGCCCAUCGAAUGUUCGGUGGAAGAACACGAAUAA